UUUCAUUUUCUAAAUUUAAAUUUUGGCGCACUUUCCAACAAGUUGGUUCUUAUGGAAGGCGCACAAGAAACAAGCGUUUCUACUUGUAGUUUUAUUCCAAAAGAACUAUCAGCGGAAGAACUUUCAGAAUCAGAGUUUAUUACAAAUGGUUUGUUUACAGAAAACAACCAAGAUACCGUUUCUCGCUCUUCCAAUAGUAAGGAAACAACAAGUGGGUUGUCCUCCAACCAUAGCUUUCAAAACAGAGAAAUAACAAACUAUCAAGACCACUCUAUGGAAGUGAAUUCAAAGUUAUCCAGUGAUGAGGAAGUACUUUCUUCCAACGAAUACAUAUUUCAAGACUUGUUUACAGGUAAUAGGGCUCUAACGUCAGAAGAAUUUGCCGAAAAAAUUUUAUAUCUAACAGACCUUAUUACAAGAGAAAGAGAAGAAAAAUACAAGUUACAGAAAAAAGUUAGAACUCUUGCAGAAGAAAAAAGAAUUCAAAGCUAUGACUUGGAAGAAUUGAGAGAUGAACUUGUCCAUUGUAGAAAAGAAAAACAGAACUAUUAUAGACAAGUAGAAAUGCUUCAACAAGAAAAAUUAUACUUCAAAUCAAGGCUAGACGAACAAAUUGAAAAAGGCUCUCAAGAUUCAGACAGUCAUUGGAGUCUACAGAAUGAAAUUCGAGACUUACAGAACAAAAUGCAUGAUAUGGAACAGGAAGUGAAAGAAACCAGUAGCUAUGCAACCCAUUUAAAAAUAAAAUUGGAGAAAAAGACAGAGGAAGUCGUUCAACUCAAAGCUAAGGAACAAGCUUACCAUGAAAGAGAAGAAACUUUGAGAAAAGAACGCGAUGCCCUUAUUCGAUCCAAUGCAGAAGCAGUACAAACUGUAGAGCAACUGAGACAUACCUGGAACUCUGUACAAGAACAGCUUCGAAUGGAAGUGUCGAGACGAAAGGCACAAGAGAAUGAAUACAGAUUACGUAUACAAGAACUGGAACAAAAGUCUCGAAAGUGGAAAGAUGAUAAUGAGAACCUUAAGUUUGCCUUGCACAAUUUAGAAAAUUUGUUGGAAGAGAAACAAUUGACUUGUGAAAAUAAUCAGCAAUUGAUUGAUAACUACGAGACACAGAUUGUUUCCUUUAAUGAAGAAUUGAGGCAACUCAAAGAAAUACGAAAUUCGUUACAACAGAGAGCCAUCGAAGCGACAGAACAACUGCAGGAACGAGAUGACAUUAUUGAAAAACUAAAUUCCACUCUCGAGAACAAGAAUAAACGUUGUAAGGACCUUGAGAGAACAACCCAGUCUCUUCAAGAACGCCAAGAUGAACUGCUCAACAAAAUUCGAGCUUUGCAAGAAGAUUGCCAUCGGCUGAGAAAGGACAAGGAAUACUUACAGAGUCUUCGAGAACGAGCAAAUGCAGAAGCUGAAUCUUAUGCAACACAGUUGGAGUCCAUUGAAGACCAACGUCAUAAGCUGGAAGAACAAGUUCUAAACUUGCAAAGUGCACUUCAAAAGUCACGUGCAGAGGAAGGAAAGUUGAGGAUUAAGUGCGAGAAUCAGAAGCAAAUGUUAGAAGAAUAUGAAAGACAGCUUGAAAAGAACUCGAAUUUACAGGAAUCUGCAAUAUUUCAACAGGUGUGUGACCUGCUCGAUCAAAAACUUCCAAAACUCGAUGAGAGUGGUGAACAAAAGUCUGUCAUACUGCAAUUAGCAGAUAAAGUACAGCAACUUUGUGACGAGAAGGAAGAAAUGAUAGCUAUUAUUGAUCAUAUGAAACAAGAACUAGAUGCCAACAAAAAGAGUGAAGAACAACUUGGGGGAACAGAUUACAACGACCUUAAGGACUUGUUGGAAGGAAAGGAGAGAGAAAUAUCGCACCUUGAGGCUCGAUUGCAGCAAACUAACGAAGAAAAAACUUUUGUUGAAAAUGAGCUGCGACUAUUGCAGAAAGAAAUCGAACAAAUUCGUGGAUACAAUAGCUUUAACUUGGAUAAGACUGAAAUUUCUUCGGGAAAACUUUCAAACUCAUUUUCCGAACAGUCUCUACAGAAAAUUCUCAAAGCUUUUGAUAAUUUAGUUCAUGAGAAGAAGAUUUUGUCACAUAAGAACAAGGAGUUGAACGAAAGGCUCCGAGUAACGUUGGAAUCUCGUGAACUUGAUGAAGAAACUACACGUUCGUUGUUAAAAGAAAGCCAAACUAUACAACAACAGUUAUGUGGUAUUAUUUCAGCUCACGAGUCUGUACUUAACGAAAUGAAAGAAGAACCAGUGUCUCCUUACCCACUUGUGAAUAAGGAUAUUGAAGAGGACAAGGAAAAUAAGGAUAUGAACAGUUCCAUUGUUUCUACUUGUGAUGAGCCUCUUAUUCGAGCAAUGAAUACACAUAUUUUUCAACUUCGGAAUAUGUGGCUGCAUGAACUUGAUAAUAAUGCAGAAUUGCGCAAGAUUAUUGUCGAGUUGCAUCAAAAGAAGAAAGUGGGUGAGAAUCUUUGUCAUCGCGGAGUUCAAAGUUCCGAAUAUGGAAUGAGCAACACUCAAGUAUCUGGUCUUGAUAAUGAUUUUAGUAAGUUGUUGGAAACUGUCGAUGACCUGAAGAAUAAGAACUCUUGCAUGGAGCAGGAGUUGGAAGAAUACAAGACGAAGCUGGACGAAUCGUCAAGUCUUUUGGUGGAAUUGCGUAGUACUUGGCAUUCAUGGGUACUGAAGUUGUAUGAAAUGUUGCCAUUCAAGGAAGUAGUGGACGAUGAAAGUAAUGUGGAACGUAUUUGUUUGCAAAUAUUCAAUUGUUUGAAAUUGACGACUCACAAGUUUCAUUCUUUAUCUACUGAAAUCGAAAAUUUGGAAAAAGAAAACAAGCGCAUCAAUGACUGUGUAAUGAAUUUGAAAACACAAAAGUCUCUAUUUCUUUAUAUGUUGGAGAAAAAUAAUAAUUUAUCGACGUUUCAAGUUGUUGACUAUUAUCAACCCAAAGAACGCCUGAAAACAUAUCUUGUUACUUUAUUGGGUAUGUGGAGACUUUGCACUGUGCUGAAUCGAGAGAAAAAUGGAAUUGAGGUUAGUUCUGAGGGUUGGUACUAUUUGCAAGCACCGCAGUGUGCAAAGAGUUUUGAUAACAGAAGGGAAGUGGAAAAUGCGAUGAAUUCAGCAUUGGUACCCCGUUUACAGAGUGAAAUUGCUCAAAAAAACAAAGUCAUUCAUCAGUUGGAACGAAGAAUUGCAACUCUUCAAGAGAAGAAACGGUCGGACUAUGGUGAAAGUGAUGGAGGUGAUAUUCCAUACAAGUCUUUGAGAAUGAUGUUGGAAGAGAAAGACGCAAAGUUGAAACAGGGACAACAAGUUAUUGACCGACUCAAAACUCAAAGAGAAAAAUUGCAACUUCAAAUAACCAACAUAUCCAAAGAGCUCGAAACUCUUGCCGCGUCGGAAAGUAGAGAACGUUUUGCUAAGGAGUCUGCAGAGUCUCGUAUUCAGCUUAUGAAUAAGAAACUACAAACUGAAAUGAAAAGAGUCGAAGCAUUGAAAAAAGAACUAUAUGAAAGAGAGAAGAAAUUUCAAGAUACAGUAGCCCAACUAUUAGCUAAAACGGAAGAAUCUUUUUCAUCGGAAUAUGGAAGUACAGGUGGUCUUCGACAAUCACCUCGUUUCAGUCCAUCAUUUAAUUCCCCUCCAGUGAAGGAAUCCAGUUCUAUGAAGAAGAAAAAGAGUCCUAGAAGUAACUCACAACAAAAAGAUGAAGAAAAUGCCAGAAAACUGGAAGGUUCCUCACUCAUUUCACAGUUUCAUCAAGUUUCAGAUUCUAAAGCCUCUCAGGGUGGUAAGAGCAGUCCUUCAAUCCAUAAGAGUCUGGUCGAUCACAUUCUUUCUUCUGCCGAAGCAAGUCUAGCCAAGGCAAAAAAAGAUGAUUCCACUGAGGAAUCUGUUCAAGAACUUCGUGAACAUAUUCAAGAACUUCGCAAUGCUUCUAUGAAGCUCAUGUCCAAAUCGACGGUCUAAGUUGUUGCUUUAUAUAUCCAUUUGUUUUUU